AUGUCAGUGUCUCUUCACACAGUGGUAAUCGGAAAAUGGACCCUGAUCACGUGCUUUGUGUUUGUAACCCACGCAUUAGGAUUUCAUCAAUAUUGCUUAAUCGGCGCCGGACCAGCCGGUCUACAGAUGGGAUACUUUCUGGGGAAAGCUAAUCGUGAUUAUGUAAUAUUUGAGAAGACGAAUAUGCCAGGAUCCUUCUUCGAACAUUACCCAAGACAUCGCAAGUUGAUAAGCAUCAAUAAGAUCAACACUGGGAGUACAAACAAGGAGUUUAAUUUCAGACAUGAUUGGAACUCCCUUAUUGGCGAUGGCGAUCUAUAUUUCAACACCGAGUCAUCACAAAAUAUGGUGUCCUUAGGAGCUGUUGUGACCAAUGUUGUGCCCUCAGGAGCUGUUGAGCCCAAUAUGAUGUCCUUAGGAGCUGUUGUGCCCAAUGUGGUGUCCUUGGGAUCUGUUGUGUCUAAUAUGGUGUCCUUCAGAGCUGUUGAGUCAAUUGUGUUGUCCUUAGGAGCUGUUGUGCCCAAUGUGGUGUCCUUGGGAUCUGUUGUGCCCAAUAUGGUGUCCUUCAGAGCUGUUGUGCCCAUGUCCUUGGGAGCUGUUGUGCCCAAUAUGGUGUUCUUAGGAGCUGUUGUGCCCAAUAUGGUGUCCUUAGCAGGUGUUGUACCCAAUAUAGUGUUCUUAGAAGCUGCUGUGCCCAAUGUGGUGUCCUUAGGCGCUGUUGUACCAAUUGUGUUGUCCCUAGCAGCUGUUGUGCCCAAUGUGUUGUCCCUAGGAGCUGUUGUGCCCAAUGUGUUGUCCCUAGGAGCUGUUGUGCCCAAUGUGGUGUCCCUAGGAGCUAUUGUGCCCAAUAUGGUGUCCUUAGGAGCUGUUGUGGAAUUUUCAAGAGAUUUUUUCCCAAACGCUGAUGUUAUAUUAGAAUAUUUUCAAGCAUAUAAGACCAAGUACAAUAUACGUGUACAGUAUAAUACAACGAUUGUGAAUGUUGGACGUGAUAACACGGCUGUGAGUUUAUUCUCAUUAAGAGACCAGAAGGGUACUGUCCAUACAUGCAAGACUGUUAUCGUCAGUACCGGGAUAGCUAUACCCAAUGUGCCAGACUAUGAAGGCAUUGAAAAUACCAUAGGCUAUGAGGACAUGCCGAUGAACAUGUCGAUGUACGAUGGGAAAACUGUGCUCAUUCUUGGCAAAGGUAACUCGGCCUUUGAAACGGGGACAGCGAUAUCGUAUGUUGCGAACUUAGUUCAUCUCGUGUCUAAUAGAAUAGAGGAAGACGCUUGGAACAGUCAUUACGUUGGCGAUGUAAGGGCUGUCAACAACGAAUUGUAUGAUACCUUCUAUUUAAAGUCUUUAGAUGGAUUAUUCGUGCUUGCUACGGGAACCGGCAUGGAACAACCACGAUUCGUGAAGGACGAAAGCAGUGAAAAAAUAAGUAUCAGGUUUAAUCAUUUGAUAUCGGACAAAGAUAAUUACAUGUUUAGAUGGGAAUACGACUACGUCAUCAGAUGCACGGGGUUUGUCUUCGACUUCAGUAUUUUUGACAAAACAUGCCGGCCGAAACCGAAAUUCCCGUGGAAUAAAAAUCGACGACCUAAAUACCCUCUUAUAGAUCACACCUACCAAGCAGUUGACGUUCCUGGGUUAUACUUUGCAGGAACAGUGACACACUCGCUGGAUUUUAAGAAGUCGUCUGGUGGUUUUUUACAUGGGUUCCGUUACACAACACAGGCUCUUCACCGAAUACUCGAAUACCAGAACCAUAGAAAACAAUGGCCGUCCAUUAAAAUGUCAAUUUCAGAAUUAUUGAAUCAUAUUAUCAAACGAGUGAAUGAAGCUUCUGGCUUGUACCAAAUGUUUGGCGUAUUAAGUGACGUCAUGAUAUUAUCAAGUGAUGAAAAAUACGAAUAUCUGGAAGACUAUCCAAUACAACUGUUACCAACUUUUAAAAAUAUUACCGGAAAAGAAGCAGACCGAAUUAUUGUCUUCACUCUGCAGUACGGAUCUGGAGAAGGAGUGGAAUUAAACAUAGCCAAGCAGGCGCAUACGUCCUUCUUUCUGCACCCGAUGUUUCAUUAUUACGAGCGAAUACCAACAGAUAAAGAUAUGAUUAUGCAUAAUAAGCUUUUAUACAACGGACUGCCUCGGCCCACCAAAUUGCACCAUAUAACGUCAGAUUUUAGGACGUCAUGGUCUACACCUAACAGUCACAUUCUACCACUUCGUCGAUUCCUGGAGUCUUGUGUAGGGCAGGAUCUGCGAUAUAAUUACGACGACGAGUGUUUUCAACUGACUAUGACGCACAAGAACCCACCAAUCGGGUGUCAACAAUCCUAUGCGAGUGGUUUGAGGAUUUCGAGAUCAGCUUAA